AUCAGACUAUAACCAAGAUUAAAAAGGGCGGGGGGGGGGGGGGGGGGGCGCGGGGGGGGGGGGGGCUGGGAGGCACGGGUUUAGGCAGAGGGUGUGGGGGGGAGCGGGCGGGGGGGGGGGGGGCUCCCCGCGCCGCCGAGAGCGGUGCUCGGGGCUCUGCUGCCACCUUGGCCGCGCCGCGGGACGUGCAGGCGGCGCCGCUCCGCGCCCGCGGAGCCACAGCUGCGCACCUGCGGCAGCUGUCCUCCCGCCUGAAAACCGCCGCCGGCCAGCUCUCGCCACGCUCCCCGCUUAUGUCGUCCCCUGUCGUAAAUAGAAGGCUGUAUGCAAUACCUACAGGGCCUGCUUAUUUUUGGAGGGGGGGUGUGUGGGGGGGUGUUCUUCAAAGGAGGUUUGUUUGCCGUGCUUAAAUUCGAAACUUGGAAAUGUGAGUGGGAGGAGAAUAUUUUAUUUAUUUUUUUUUUUUCCUGCCCGUUUGCUUAUUUCAGGAUUCUUCUUCUUCCUUGUCCAGUCUUAUCUUGCACAUUUAAUGAAGAGAGCACUCAGAUUCCCCUUCACACGCACGAUCUGCCUCCGUGUCCUUUCUACUGCGUGACCACUGGGGCUCUGGAAGGAGCUGCCGGCAGUGCAUCCCACAUCCACGCUCUCGGUGUCACUCAGCUGCAGUUAGACGUUCCCCUCCUUUUUUUUUUUUUUUUUUUUUUUUUUUUUCCCCUUGGGGGGGGGGGGGGGUGUGAAGAGAAGGGUGGCAGAAACAUAAUUUACCGAAAAUAUAUAUAAAUGAAUAUUAGAAAACCAGUGGAGUUUGCUAAUAGGUCCCUUGUUUCCCUCUCUACAUCUUCGUGUUACUGUGCUACAGCGUUGCCUUGACAUCAGGCUCCGGGCUGGUGGUACUGAGUUUGGAAAGCUAUCAUGCACUUCAUUUUAUCUGAAUUGCACAUGCUUUUUCUCUCAUUUUUAAGGCUCUCUUCUGUUUCGGAGGAAACAUGUUCUGACAUGCUGGAGUUUGCUGGUGGUAAAUAUUUCCUUUGACUACAAAGUGUACGUGUGAAAAAGGCUUUCUUUUUCCCUUUUUUUCUUUUUUUUUUUUUUUUUUUUUUUUUUUUUAAUGGAAAUAUGUUUCUUUCUCGCUUGCUCCUUUCCCCGCUGUUAUUAAUAACCUGUAAACGAGCUGAAUCCGGAAGUCUAAGUGAAAUAGCACUUUCGUAUCUGUACUUUCAGCCACGCCACGCUGAGGAAAGUGCAGAAGCUCUGUAUGUGCGUGUGUGAGGGAUUCGUGAAGUACGUAUGACAGUUUGCAUACCAGACUCGGUGACAAAGUAGGGACCACCGGUGAGUCCCCAAGGGAUCUGCUUUGCCGAGAGGAUUUUUCCAGCCCCUAACCACAGAGGAGAAGCAUUCAACUCUCCAGCUGCUCCCCAGAGUUGGCAGUUCUGAUUUGUUUCAACUGAAAAUAGCCAAGAAUAGAAAAUGGCACGUAGCAAAAAGUCCCCAGCCAAGUAGCGGUGUGUGCUGCGCUUCCUCUCAAAUAAGCGCUCCCCCGUGGGAUGAGGUCUCGGUGCCCGGGCGGGAGAAAGGGCUGCAAAGGGUUAAGCCGCUGCCUUGCUUGCCAGGCAAAGUUUGAGGAAGAAUAUGUCUAAGGCUUGAGUACGCCGCAGCCUCGCGUUUGAAAUCUGUCACCCUCACUUAGGAGCUCUGCAUCUCUGGUUGUCACCGGUGAAUAAUGAUCACACGGCGAUAAGAUCGCUCCGCGGCGUUGCGCUGGAGCCGCCGGGGGGGGUGGGGGGGGGGUGGUGGUGCGGGGGAAGAGAAUAAAGGAAAUUACGAAGCGUUUAACUGCUUUAGCAGGGUGUUCUUCAGUGUCAUCGGUGGGUGUCAGGGUCAAAUGACCGUCUGGACAGCAGCUUGAAACGAAUUUCCUUGAAUUUCCUUCCUCCUUUCCUUGAGAGAAACGUUGGGUGAUGGUGACUAUUGUCAGCUAUGGAAAAGAGAGACCUUGGUGGUGAUCCUUAAAAUAAUACCAUGCCGGAGCCCAGCUGUGCGGCCACUUUCUCCCCUCUCAACCUGCCGGACCCAGUGGGCUUUGGGUGACCUAUCGAGGAGGACCCACCUCCGCAGGAGCAGGCAGGCCAGAUCUGGCAGAUAGCUGAUAUGAGGACUUUGCUGACUUCAGAAAGCUGCGUAUAACACCAACAGACUUCAGUGAAAGGAAAUAUUAUCCCUCCAAGCAACUCAUACACAGACAACUUUUGGUAGCUUUAAAUUAACCUGUUGCUUACCUGCAAAGACAAGGCUAUUGUUUCUUUCAGCACACAUGGAGGAAGGCAACAAACUUUGUAACCCUGGCUAAUAAGACUGUGGCUUUCUUGUCAAAAGUAGGAGGUAGGACAAUUAUAAAAGGAUUAUUUUAUACUUUAGCCUCCAGGACUUUAAUUCUGGCCUGAACACUGGACAUAAAUAGAAGCCAAUUUUAAUGACCUGAGAUUUUGCUACCUGUGCUUUAUUAUUGUUAUCAGUUCUUUAACACUUUGGUACUUUAUUUCUACAAAUCAGAAAUGGGUUUGUGGACAAGAAUGUGGCCCACAGAUUGGGCUGUUCUCGUGAAAUCAUGGCUUAUCUUUUCCCUGGGGCUCUACAUGCAGGUCUCCAAAACAUUGGCCUGCCCAAAAGUGUGCCGCUGUGAUCGAAACUUUGUCUACUGUAAUGAGAGAAGCUUGACCUCAGUGCCUCUUGGGAUACCAGAGGGUGUAACCGUCCUCUACCUCCAUAAUAACCAAAUUAAUAAUGCUGGAUUUCCUGCAGAGUUGCACAAUGUCCAGUCUGUGCACACAGUCUACCUGUAUGGCAACCAAUUGGAUGAAUUCCCCAUGAACCUGCCCAAGAAUGUCAGGGUUCUCCACCUGCAGGAAAACAACAUUCAAACCAUUUCUCGGGCUGCUCUUGCUCAACUUCUGAAGCUGGAAGAGCUGCACCUGGAUGACAACUCCAUCUCCACUGUUGGCGUUGAGGAUGGGGCAUUCCGGGAAGCCAUCAGCCUCAAGCUUCUGUUCUUGUCCAAGAAUCACUUAAGCAGCGUACCAGUAGGCCUUCCGGUGGACUUACAAGAACUUCGAGUAGACGAAAACCGAAUUGCUGUCAUUUCAGACCUGGCCUUCCAGAAUCUUACAAGUCUGGAGCGUCUGAUUGUAGAUGGCAAUCUCCUUACUAAUAAAGGCAUAGCUGAAGGCACCUUCAGCCACCUCUCCAAGCUCAAGGAAUUCUCAAUAGUGCGGAAUUCACUGACCUACCCUCCUCCUGAUCUUCCAGGUACACAUCUACUAAGGCUCUACUUGCAGGACAACCAGAUAACCCAUAUACCACUUACAGCCUUUUCGAACCUCCACAGACUGGAACGUCUUGAUAUUUCCAACAAUCAACUUCGGAUGUUGGUAAAGGGGGUAUUUGAUAAUCUCCACAACCUGAGGCAACUCACUGUAAGGAAUAAUCCUUGGUUGUGUGACUGCAGUAUUAAGUGGGUCACUGAAUGGCUCAAAUUUAUUCCUGCUUCCAUCAAUGUACGUGGGUUUAUGUGCCAGGGACCAGAGCAGGUCCGAGGUAUGGCAGUCAGGGAGCUCAAUAUGAAUAUGUUGUCAUGCCCCACCACCACCCCUGGUCUGCCACUUAUCAUCACCCCAGUCCCAGCUACAGCCAUGCCAACUACGUUAGUUCCCACCUCACCAGUUCCUCCCCCAAGUAGCAAAUACAAUCCUCUCACUCCCACCAUAGCCACACUCCCCACUGUGCCUGACAGGGAGGACAGAGAAAGGGUAACACCUCCUAUAUCUGAACGGAUUCAACUCUCCAUCCAUUUUGUCAAUGACACUUGCAUCCAAGUUAACUGGAUGUCUCUUUUUACCGUGAUGGCAUAUAAACUCACUUGGGUUAAAAUGGGCCAUAGUCUGGUAGGAGGAAUUGUUCAGGAACGGAUAGUUAGUGGUGAGAAGCAACACUUAAGUUUGGUAAAUCUGGAGCCCAAAUCCACCUAUCGGAUUUGUUUGGUUCCACUGGAUACUUAUAACAAUUACCGAACUGGAGAAGACACUGUCUGUUCAGAAGCCACAACCAAGGCUUCCUUUCUGAGCAAUGGCAGCAACAUCCCAUCCAGCCAUGAGCAGACAACUUCUCAGAACCUGGGCUCCCCAUUUCUGCUGGCAGGGUUGAUUGGGGGUGCAGUGAUAUUUGUCCUCGUGGUCCUGCUCAGCAUUUUUUGUUGGCACAUGCACAAAAAAGGGCGUUACACCUCCCAGAAGUGGAAAUAUAACCGCGGCCGUCGGAAAGAUGACUACUGCGAGGCAGGGACCAAGAAGGACAACUCCAUCCUGGAGAUGACGGAAACCAGCUUCCAGAUUGUCUCCUUAAAUAAUGAUCAGCUCCUUAAAGGAGAUUUCAGACUGCAGCCCAUUUAUACCCCAAACGGGGGCAUUAACUACACAGACUGCCACAUCCCCAAUAACAUGCGAUACUGCAACAGCAACGUCUCAGACCUGGAGCACUGUCAUACGUGAUAGUGAGGGGAGAUGGGGGUGUCUAGGACAAAGAGAAGAAACUCUGGAAAAAAUAACCCCCCAACAACAAUGAAAAAAUUACAUUUGAUAAAUGUUACACAGAUGCAUUUAUGCAUUUGAAUACUCUGUAAUUUAUACGGUGUACUAUAUAAUGGGAUUUAAAAAAAGUGCUAUCUUUUCUAUUUCAAGUUAAUUGCAAAUGGUUUUGUAACUCUUUGCUUUUUAAAUCUUUAAAAAAUAUUGCUAAGUACUGUACAGGGUUGUACAAUGAGAACCCGAUGUCAUGGCAAAGGAAAGAAUGACUCAUUUUUCAAACAUUAACCACUUUGCUGUCAAAGCUGUCUGAGGGAUGUUAAGUUUCUAGAUGUCCUGUAGUACAGGAAAAUAAGUGCAUAUUAAAACAGGAUCACUAGGAACAGACAAAAGCAAUUCAGAUAAAAUGGGUACAACCCUUCUGACUUGAACCCAGCAGUUGCUGUUGAGCUUCAAACAAUUGGAAAAUCUUCUGUUGCCCUUUCAGUUCUGCAUUUCCUACCUCCAACUGAAAGCUGGAGUUCUGAGUGCUACAAAAAAGGUUACCUGCUUGUUUGAUUAGUUUUCUCCCAAUAUACUUGGAAUAGGAAAGGUAGACAAAGCUCAGUGUCAAACUCAAAGUGGCCUUGAUUCCUAUUUGCAAAAGGUACUCUGAAAAUGUCCCCCAAUACUAUAUACUUUUAUGAUAGAAACUCUUUCUGCUUUUCAUUAUGAAUAAGAAGCUUUAGGCAUUCUCUGACCCUUCUCAGUGGGAGAUGAAGGUUAUCAGUAUGUAACAGAUAGCUGUCAUUAAGUUGCACCUCUCUUUAUUAGAGCAGCAUUUGUUGACACAGCAUGUCCAGGUAAAGACUGAAUGAGGGGAGUUCUGAGUGCUCCCAGCUCUGCAGUAUUCAUGUAGAAUUUGGAAUCUAAAAGUGUAAAUUGCUGAAAUCAUGAUGCAAAUUAUGAUGCCAACGGAAAGGUUGCUAUUAACUCUUACGUUUCAAGCCCUGUUUGAUUUAGGGGUCUGAGUUAUGUUCAGUAUGGAGAAGUAAGAAAAAAGGCAAACGGAGAAAACAAAUAAGAAAGGUCUUUUAAAAAUCUAUUUAUUAUUGGGAAGGCCUUCAGGCCUAUUAUGAACUGAAAUAUGUUCAGCGGGGAGAAUCAUAUACAAAUCCUGGUUGGGGUGUUGUUUUUUUUUUUUUUUUUUCCCCUUUCAAGUCUACAGAGAUGGACAUUAACUAAGCAUUUGAUUAGCUGAGGAAUUUUGAGAACACAAGUACACACUGUCCCUCUGAACUACCCUUCUUUUAUCUUGAGCUUUUGGAAGCUUUCCACAAUGAUCUGUGCUUUAUAAGCAGUAGGUGGGCUUAGAAUUUGCUUUUUUAUUCCCUCAAAUUCUUUAGCUGGAAUAUCUUCUGAGUCCUUGAGCUUCAUGUGCACUAUGCGAAACAUCAUGCUUGUAUUAAAUCUGUGAUGCUGCUCUCAAAUUUAUAUAAUGUUCCAGCCACUCCAUUGACUCUGUGACUGCCAAGAACUCUGGGUUUCUUGCCAGCUCAGUGGUGGAAUCCAAUUCUUCCUUUCUUUCAGUUUGUUUGUUUUUUAAUGCGGCUCACUUUCUCCUGAGCUUGGGGACAAGCAAAAGUUCACAACAAAGAGGAAAAACAGAGAGACAAAACUUCCCUGAGGGAGUAGGGAACCAAAGAGAAAAUUUUUUACAGUGACCAGCUAGGGACAAGGAGAAGAUGUCGGAGGUGGAUUGGAAGUAAAGGUUGAAGCACUUUCACUGUAGAAUACUUGGACUUUUCACUUUAUGAGGCUGUUUAGGUUGGGAGAGAGGGUUUUAAUCCUUUCCUUUGCUCAUUUCACUCAACUCAUUCUUGAAACCCAGCAGUCUUUGAAUGUGCAGUUUCUGAAAUUCCAAUCACAUAAUAGCACUUGUCUUCUGCAAUGGCAAAAUGAAUCCAGUUAUGAUUGAUGGCAAAGUACAAUCAUUGUAUAAGGAACCACAUCUCACCUCAAUGCCUUUUAUAAUCACAUUUUGAAAUUCCACUCUAUAUUCUGUAUAUUUUCUCCAGCUAAAACAGGUAUUUUAGGCAACCUGUGUGGCUACUAUAAUAGUAAAGUCACUGAAAUUUUGCUGAAUAAAAGGCUGCCAUAUGAUUUCAAAUGGUGUAAUUCUAGGUAGAAACAUCUAUGCAAAGUGUUUUUUCUGUGACCUAUUCACUGAAGAUUAUGGUGAAAAGGUUUAUAUUUUGCUUGUUUAAUAUGUUUUAGGUGCCAAAGCCCACAAGACAAGCAGCAAAUAGUUGUGCUUCUGCACAAUCCCUUUGCAUGCUGGAGUUUGUCUGAAAUUAAGUAGAACCUGAGAUUCCCUUUGGGUGUGGAUGUAGUAUUUAAUUUCACAGAAAUAACUAUCUAUAUGUCUGAUUUCAAAAGGCAUCCUUCAAAAGUAUGCACUUACUAGAAUUUUGUACUUCAGUGACUGAUAAUGGAGGAAUAUUUGUCCUCCUUGAUGAACAUCUCCUCUUCUAGGCCUCAGGAUACCAUAGUUUCAAGAUGAUCUAGGCACCUAAUUUGUAGCAAAUUACUUAUUCAGGGAGUUUAGCUGUGCUGCAGGUGAAUGAUCCACAAGCCCAAACUGAUGAAAACAGAUGUGGCUACUGUCCUAGUAGGGUGAAAACAGAAGACAUUCACGAACUGUUCAUUUUGAUCUUGGACAAUGAAAGGAAAUGUAUAUAUAUCUAUCUGUGGACUGUUACUUGCUUACCUAGAUCAAAAGUCAAAAUUAUAAUAAAGAUAGCAUAGUUUAUUCUUCUUUUCAGUAUGAAUAAUAUAUAUAUUGGUAUGGGAUACUAACAAAGUUUCUUUUCUAUUAAUACUCUCCCCCAAAAAAUCAGGAAGCCACUUAUACCAAAAUUUGUUCAUAGGGCUGGAGUAUUAUCUAAAAAAAUUCACAGUUAUAGUCAACUGAAAUGUCAUAUGUUUCAUUUGAAGAAUGUUUCUCCCAAUUCUAAUUGCUAUCCAGCUGUGAAAGAGUUAAUGUAUUUCAACCUACAGCAGAGUCUGGAACUUUUCAAAGUGCCGGUCACACAAACAUCUGAGACUUCAUUCCAGGUCACAUCUAGAUAAAUACAUAGUAGGCAAUUUUCUCUAGGUAUUUAGAAAAAGUCAGAAUUAAAAAUGGGCAAUGAUCUUUUGGCUAUGUAAAGUUUAAGAUUACUGUUUCCUUGGACUUCGUAAAAAUGGGGUCAUCUUCAAUUAGUGCAAAUAUCUGCCCACAGAUACUAACUAAAGGCUGUAGAGCAGAAGCCCCAAAUGUGUCUAUAUGCAACUCAUCCAAAAUGUUUACUUCCAGGUCCGUCCUUUAACAGGUUAAUUGGACCUGGGGGCAAAUGAGUGGUUUACAGACAAAAUCUCACUCAUCUUCCAUUGUAUACUGCUAAGAGCUGACAUAGACAGAAAAGAUUGAGGAGUGGAAUAAAAUAAAAGUUUAAGUGAAAUUAUAUUAAAGGAGUACCACAACACUGUUGUGCCCAGUGCUUAGAUUCCUUCUGAAGACUUUAUUUACAAACAGGUCCUCAUUUUCACAGAUUCUGUCAUUGUAACAAGUGUUCCUUGCAUGUAGCUUGCUGGCAGAAACAAACAUCUGAUGAGUGCAUGGACUUUGUGUUAACAGGUUCUUAUCGGAUACAUUAUUAUUGAAUUUCUUCAUAAGAAUAUUUAGAGAUUGGGUUACUUUGGACUGCAAAGAUAUUGGCAGUUUCCCCUGUAAGUUAAUAAAGGACUACAAUGAAUGUCACGUAAUACAGAAAAAUGAAGUAGCAUAUGCUAUUUGCUACUAGAGUAAUUUAACUGUAUUUUUCUCACAGUCAUUUUUUCUUUUUAUGAGAGAGAAUUUCUCCCCCUAAGAAAUGUAUUGAUUUUAAUUUUACAAGCAAAAAAAACCCCUUUACGUUGUUAUGGUCCAUAUAAGGCACUUUAUUAAUGACAUUGUAGUGAAAGUUCAGUCUCAGCUUUUGACAGUGAAGUGGUUAAUUUCCAUUGAAUUCUCCAUUUAUAGUACUUCUUCACCUUAAAUUUAACAUGGAGAUAUUAAAGUUUUUUCUUUAGAAGAUGAGAAUAAUGGGUUUACUCAUGACUUAUCUUUCCAGCUCAGUGGAAAAACAAAACAGAAAUGAGUGCCAAAACCAAAAGUUACUGGCUCUGAGCCUCAUCAAAUCCUGCCUGAUGCUCUCUUCUAAACACAGAGAUAAUCCUAGGAAGCUGACGAUCACUCCUUCCCUGAACUCUCCUGAACAGGGCACUUUGUAUCUCAGAUGAUACUACAGGCAAUAUUGAAGCAUUUGGCAUUAAACUUUUGUACAGCAGAGAAUGUCUUGCUCUUUGAAAGGACGCUGGCUAGUAGUCCAUCUGGAAAACUAGUACAAAUGAGAUUUGGCAAGCUUUUAUUAUACUGGGGCUCUGUGGAAAUGUGCCUCAUGAGAGCUGAAUUCUGAUCGUCUCAGAAACAGAUAAGCUACUAAACAAAUUGUUAUCAUCACUUGGUCCCAAAUAUCUGAAGAUGAGCUUACAUAAAAUUGAUUUUAACUAAGACAUGCACACUUGAUUCUGUUCUGUGUUUGGUAUACUUUCUAUCUUUAACAUGGAAAAAUAGAUGGUUUGAAGUCUGCAUUAUCUGUUUUCUGCAAUCUGCCAUGUUGCACGCAUUGUUAACUUCAAAACCUCACUAUACACUAUAUAUUAUCUUGUUAACAUAUUCAGUAAAGAGUUAUUUAAAAAAAUACAACAAUCCUGCUGUAUUUAUAUGAGCAAGUUAAUUAAAAUAAGGAUGUGAUUAUCUGAAAGGGAAAACAGAAAAACAAAAAUACCAAUCUUCCGUUCUUUCAUUCCUGGAAAUAUUUUCAAAUGUUCUACUGUAUGUCCACCCUCUCUUCAGAUUCUAAAAGACAAAUAUUUUCAUCUUCUGUCUCUCAAAGGGUUAAACCAUUUGUUAUUUCAAUUUCUCAGAUUUAAUCUUACCUUUAAAAGAUUAUCUCAUUCUAAUAUGCAUAUAGGAAAGCACUGUAAAACAAGAACAGAUUGUAUUCCAGUGUUUGCAAUUAAUAGGUACAUUUAAGCAGCUACACACGUCUGUAACAAAUAUAUAUAUGUGAAAGCUGUGACCAAUUAUAUGCAUAGUCAUUUGAUAAAUGCAUUUGACAUUCAUCCUUGACAAUCUUAAACCUGCCUUUUGCCUGUUAUUAUCUAUUUAAUCUGUUUCCUUGAAGUGAAAUGUGAUUUUUUUCCAAUUCUUCCUUCAAAAUUGUUCUUGAAUUUUCAGAAUGCACAACAUUCAGACAUAGGCCUUAAUAAAUUUUUGUAUAUCUUAUACCAAACAUAUAUGUUAGUAUAUACAAUAUAUAUAAAGAGAUGCGUUAGCUACUUGGAAAUUAAAAUUACCCCUCCUCUAGUUACAUAUACAAGAACUAAUUUUUGGCUUUGCUAGAACCUGAAAUAUUGAAUGUUACAAGCUGUGUCACUUCAAAGCUUAGAAAUAUAAUAUUGCUGAGUGUCACAAUUCCUCUAUAAAUUAUCUUAUUCUCUGUCUUAACUCUGAAUAUCAAGUAAAACUACUAAGAGCUGCAGUGCAAUACAUCCACAUCUAGGUCACCCCCUUAAUAUGCUUCCCUGAACUUGAUGUUUCUUCUGAGCCAGAUUAGACACUGGUAACUAAACCUUAUAGGAGGAAGUUGGACAAUAGAAGCAAAGUAAAUGAUAAAUACUUGUGAUCAUUUAUGUACUUUUUGCAAAAGUAAUGGCUUCAUCAUUUUCAAUUGACGAUUUUGUUUUCUCAAAAAAAAAAGGGUUGUCAAACACUGACUACUUCAUCAGAUAGUAUUUUAAUAACUUAAAAUUAUUUAUAUUAGUAGAGAUCAAUCUUUAUAUUUACUUUUUAUAGUUCUAAGCUCAGUUAUCUGGAGCUGUUCACACACAUGUGUGUGUAUGUAUAAUUUCCUGAGAUUGUGUAUUAUUAGCUACAGGGAACAUCCAAAGCAAGCAAACGGAGUAAUAUUUUUCAUUAUUGUUCAGUCAACAUUUUUAAAUAUUUCACUUUAAAAACAGUUUUUCUAUCUAAUAAGACUUAUGGUGCCACAUGGAGAAACUACAUUUGGUCAUUAAAGUGUGAAACAAAUGCUUCAAUUCUACUAGUAGUGCCACUGUCAGUGAAGGCUCAAACUAAAAGUCACUAGAAUACUCCUAUUACACAGAUAGAGACUUGGUGAAUUUUUUAACUAUAAUUUGAAUUCUUAAAACAAAUCAGUACAGUUUUAUGGUGAAAUCCUGACCCCACUGCCUUCAAUUAUAAAUCAGAAUAUUUAUAGGAAUAACAUAUAUAUCAGAAGGAUUAUUAAAAACAUCCAGUUUGACACAUUACAUAAUAUGCCACUCUACUUAUCCCCAACUGAAAUAUAUCAGCUGAAUAAGCAGUAGGCCUAUGUAUCUCUUUUUGAAAAGCUAGGGAAGCAAUGAAAUAGACUUUAUAGAAAAUGCGAGGAGAUAUAUGUACUGAGAUACACUGUUCAAUGUGAAGCCACACAAGAUAUGGACAUUUAAAGACACAAACACAUCACUGAACAUAGCAAGAAUUUUCUUUUACUCAUAAACACACACAUUUUCUGCUUACAACUUUGUAUUAUGGCUAACAUACGUGACUGCAAAAAUGCAUGUCUGCAUAUUAAGAGUUUAUAGUAUAGUUACACUUCAGUGGGGACAUCUUAUACAGAAUAAGAAGAAUCUUGACUCUGUGCACUGGGUCUAUUAUUUACCUUUCUCUGUAUAAAAAGGAUUCAUAUACAGAAGGAAGUAACAAAAAACCAAAAGUCAUGCUGAUUACACUAUCCUGUUUUUCUAAAUGUAGAACACCUUGAAGAAUGAAGACAGUGUAUAAAGGAUUUUGGAAAAUCUAACUCAAAUACACGUGUGUGUUUACAACUUCCACAUGCUCUGUGCAAAAGCGAGAAGUGUCUCUGAGGCAUACUAGUCAGAGAGCUAAGCUGAACAUGACCAUUCGUGAAAAGCACAAUUGUCAGAAAGAUUCUGUUAAAAUGCUGUAUUUCUUGAGUGAAAGCAAUAUUUCCACUUCUAUAGACUUUGAGCAGGUGAUCACACAGGUAAAUAAAAUUAUUUGUCAUGAGGAUUGGAA